AAAUUAUCGUUAACCAUCAAAGUCCUCAAAAAUUUGAAUCAGAGUAGUUCUGAAUUUGAAUUAAAUUGCAUAGAAAUACCAUAGAUCUGAAGAAAUACUGAACGAAAUGAGGAACUUACACGAUUUUGAACUACCAAACGACGGAGAAAUAUCUCUUUGUGAAAUAAAUGGUCGUAUUCAUUCCAUGAACUAUGAUUAUGCAAACGUUAAUGCAUUUACUAACACUGUGGAUAACUUUCCUAAAAUACACAUUACCAGAGAUUUGUUACAUCCAGUUAGCUCAGGAGAUGAGGGAAAAGCUUUGUUUAUUCAUGUAGAUGUUUCAUUUUUGAAACAACUAACACAAGUUUACUAUGAACAGGGCUUUAUAGAAGCUUUACAUACAGCAUCUUCACACAAUAAAGUAUUGAUAUCAAAGACUGCUGCAAUAAUUUUAGACGUUUUAAAAAAUGUUCAAAAAGUUAGACUUAUUUUGAAUCCAAAUUUGAGGUACAGUGGAUCGAACCUCAUUAGUCAGUUUUCACAAACAAGGAACUGGAUGAAUAACACUAUCAGAUGUAUAGCAUGGCAUCCAUACUGUGCUAAAGUAGCAGUGGCCACUUGUGAUGACAGCAUUAGAAUUUUCAGUAGUGACAGUGGAACAGUUGUGCCCCUGCUAAGAUGUAAACAACAAAAACAUAUUACCUGCUUAUCUUGGAGGCCAUUAUCAAACACAGAGAUUGCUGUAGGACAUGAAAAUGGAAUUAUUGUAUGGAAUAUUGAUUCUAAUUCCUUGGUGGCUCGUCCCUCCAUAAGUAAUGCAACCAUCCUUCAGAGACCCAAUCAUAGGGCUGUCAUGAGCAUAGCUUGGUCUGCAGGUGGAGACAAAUUAGUAAGUGUCGCAGCCUGUGAUAAAACAAUUUAUGUUUGGGAUGUUGAAUUGGACAAAACAUGUUCACUAAAACGUCCUGGAGGGUCUGGCAACAUUCUGGUGAAAUGGUCGCCCACUGGAGAAAAAUUAUUCAGUUGUACAAAUGGUCUCGUCUUUAGAGUUUGGGACUGUAGGAAUUGGGAAUGUGAACGUUGGUCCGUCCUCAAUGGCAGGAUACAAGCGGCAUGUUGGUCAAACUGUGGUAGUACAUUAUUAUUUGCUAGCAACAAUGAACCUAUAAUUUACGGAGUAAUCAUAAAGAACGACUUGGUCUUCACCUCUGAUUCUGACAGUUCUUCCACCCAAGCAAUGCCAAUGUUUGAUGUCAGCAAAGUCGACAUAGAUGGAGUGAUCGUUGGUGGUCUAGUGCAAUGUAUGGAGAGUGAUCCUAAAGGAAAGCGCCUGGCUGUAUUGUUUCAGGACACGAAUUGUGUGGCUAUAUUCAAUAUUGUUAGACAGCCUGGGUUGCAGCUAAUUCCCAGUUCACUAGUUAUGGGUUUGGCAGAAGAGAAACCAAGUGCUAUAAGCUUUAUCCAGAAUUUUGAAGCUGGAACUUGCUUAACUGUAGGAUGGUCUAGUGGAAGAAUUCAAUAUUAUCCAAUUAUUUAUACUGAUUUGGCUUGUAGCACAGAAGCAACACAAUCAAUUAAUGUAUCUUUGUACAAUUCUUUCAGUUCACAAAUUUUUUGAAUUAUUUAUCAUUUUCAAGUUGUUUUAAUAAAAGUAUUCUC